GGGGCCAGGGCCCGCGUCCCAUCCCUGGCACACUGGCCUGGGUGGGUGCCUGUCCACUUCUGCUUUCACUGGCCCUCAGAGUUCUUGGUCUGGAGUGCCACUGCGGUCGCCUGCCUGCACGCGCCCGGGCGCAGGACGUCUCUUACUUCUUGCACAGCACUCCGGGGAGGUUGGAGUUUAAUCACACAAACAGUGUCCGGCUUCCUGUCCUCAUCCGCCCCCCCUCCGGCCCGCUUCCCUGGUCCCUCCCUCUCCCCUGGCCCGAUCCGCCCACCAGCUCCCCCUCCCCAUCCCUCGGGUCCCGGGAUGGGGGGGCGGUGAGGCAGGCACAGCCCCCCGCCCCCAUGGCCGCCCGUCGGAGCCAGAGGCGGAGGGGGCGCCGGGGGGAGCCGGGCACCGCCCUGCUGGCCCCGCUGGUGCUGAGCCUGGGCCUGGCGCUGGCCUGCCUUGGCCUCCUGCUGGUCGUGGUCAGCCUGGGGAGCUGGGCAACGCUGUCUGCCCAGCAGGAGCCUUCUCAGGAGGAGCUGACAGCAGAGGACCGCCGGGAGCCCCCUGAACUGAAUCCCCAGACAGAGGAAAGCCAGGAUGUGGUACCUUUCUUGGAACAACUAGUCCGGCCUCGAAGAAGUGCUCCUAAAGGCCGGAAGGCGCGGCCUCGCCGAGCUAUUGCAGCCCAUUAUGAGGUUCAUCCUCGGCCAGGACAGGAUGGAGCACAAGCAGGUGUGGAUGGGACAGUGAGUGGCUGGGAAGAGACCAAAAUCAACAGCUCCAGCCCUCUGCGCUACGACCGCCAGAUUGGGGAAUUUACAGUCAUCAGGGCUGGGCUCUACUACCUGUACUGUCAGGUGCACUUUGAUGAGGGAAAGGCUGUCUACCUGAAGCUGGACUUGCUGGUGAACGGUGUGCUGGCCCUGCGCUGCCUGGAAGAAUUCUCAGCCACAGCAGCAAGCUCUCCUGGGCCCCAGCUCCGUUUGUGCCAGACAGAGCUGCAAAGCCUAAGGCGGGAGGUGAGCCGGCUGCAGCGGAGUGGAGGGCCUUCCCAGAAGCAGGGAGAGCGCCCAUGGCAGAGCCUCUGGGAGCAGAGUCCUGAUGUCCUGGAAGCCUGGAAGGAUGGGGCGAAAUCUCGGAGAAGGAGAGCAGUACUCACCCAGAAGCACAAGAAGAAGCACUCAGUCCUGCAUCUUGUUCCAGUUAACAUUACCUCCAAGGCAGACUCUGACGUGACAGAGGUGAUGUGGCAACCAGUACUUAGGCGUGGGAGAGGCCUGGAGGCCCAGGGAGACAUUGUACGAGUCUGGGACACUGGAAUUUAUCUGCUCUAUAGUCAGGUCCUGUUUCAUGAUGUGACUUUCACAAUGGGUCAGGUGGUAUCUCGGGAAGGACAAGGGAGAAGAGAAACUCUAUUCCGAUGUAUCAGAAGUAUGCCUUCUGAUCCUGACCGUGCCUACAAUAGCUGCUACAGUGCAGGUGUCUUUCAUUUACAUCAAGGGGAUAUUAUCACUGUCAAAAUUCCACGGGCAAACGCAAAACUUAGCCUUUCUCCGCAUGGAACAUUCCUGGGGUUUGUGAAACUAUGAUUGUUAUAAAGGGGGUGGGGAUUUCCCAUUCCAAAAACUGGCUAGACAAAGGACAAGGAACGGUCAAGAACAGCUCUCCAUGGCUUUGCCUUGACUGUUGUUCCUCCCUUUGCCUUUCCCGCUCCCACUAUCUGGGCUUUGACUCCAUGGAUAUUAAAAAAGUAGAAUAUUUUGUGUUUAUCUCCCACACAGCCCCAAAUUCUUUUGUUGUGUGUGCGAAGGGGGUUUUGCGCACUGUGCCAAGCCUUGUCCACUGGAAUGCAUCCAGAACAGCAGCACCAUCUAGCGGCAGGUUGAGGAAAGACUAUGGUCUCUGCUAGGGAAAACCUUAUCCAACUCUUCAAGUACCCUCUGCUUCAAUUAACAAGAAGCCCGGCUUUCAGUAUUUCACCUAUUGCGUCCAAAUUCUUGUUACUAUCUAGAAAAAGAUAUAUGUUAGGUGCCUCGAUAUGCAUGCCAUUCAUCCUCCCCAUUCUCCUAUACACUUCCGAGCUGGGCACUGAGCUUUACGCCUUAAAUCACAGUACUCGGGAGGCAGAUCUCGAUGAGUUCGAGGCCAACUUGGUCUAAAUAGUGAGUUCCAGGCCACCCAGGGGUUACAAUGGUGAGACCCUGUCUCAAACAAACUAACAAACAAAUAAACGAAAGGCUCUCCACG